GUCCUUAUCCCUGCUUAUCCCGUCUCCAGCCUGAAGGCUGCACCUAGGACCAUUGGCCAAAGCGGAGCACCUUGCCACACGCGUCACCAGGGCGGCGUCGCAAGGCAGCACACUCAUACACUUUGGUGUAACAGCCAAAGUCGCCGAGCAAGGGGUGCUGGGUUUGGUCAGCGGCUGCCACGCGUAUGUGGACCCACCAUGCCAUCCAUCCCUGCGAACUUCCGGACAGGCCCACCGUGUUGUCUGAUGUGUCGGUUCAGCAGCUCAUAUUGCAUGGUAGUAUCAUACUAGACUGUGGGAAAUGCGUCAAACUGAUGUUUGGGCAAGGUGGGCGCUACUUGCUUGUGUCCCCAAACUUACUCCAGUCUUUACAUGGCCUUGAUCAGUAUAUAGAAUGCAUGCAAAGGAACAAGACCAUAUCAGAUUCUGCGAAAGGAGCUACUCCUCAACAUCGCGAUUCAGUGCACACAGCUGCAACAAUUCUUUAGGAGGCCUAUUUGACGCAGUGAGCACACAGCAUUAGACCUUCAACAUAUACUGUAAGAAUAGGAAUACCUGUAGGACCAAACGAGGCUGCGGAGACAGAACAGUCCCACACCGUCCCGAAAUUGCAGCUACAGGCAAACGCACAGGCUAAGUCCGAGUCCCGCAAGCUGGCUGCACUGCAGUAUUUGAUAUCGAGUGGAAAGAGCGAACCGAGGAUAUUAGGUGCUCGAGGCCGGCUACGGGAGAAUGCCGAAGAGGAAAGCUGAGCACGAUGCCGAGGGUGCACCGGCAGCCAAGGCCCGUCGCCCCAAUGGCUACUGGCUUCCUUUUAACACCUGGUGGCGCGCCUACAAGGAGGACCACGGUCAGCGGCCCUCGGUGAAGGUCAUGACUAAAUGGCACACCGAAAACGCCGAGGCUGCGUGGGGCUCUGCGGACGUGCCGCCGCUAACGGACAUGCUCAAGACGGCCAAGGGCCUGCGGCCGCUGCCGGACGUCCGGAAGUAUUUCUGCGAGUACCGCCGGAAGAACCGGGAGGCCAAGGUGGUAGGCGAGUCGCCGCUUAAAGGCGUGUCCGCUGGCCCCGUGAGCAAGCCGAGCUGCGCCGCCAAGCCCCGCGGCGGCCGCAUCGGCUCGAGCAGCAGUGAGGACGAGGGCCCUGGCUCCGACGCCGAGUCCGACAUGACGGACAUCGAGGACGCGGUGCUUGCGGAACUAGCACAAGACGUGGAGGAGGCUACUGGCGGUCAGCAGCAGCCCCAGCAGCCCGGCUUCCCAUCGCACCUGGUCAGCGGUGCCACAGCCGCGCGGCAGGCCUACAACGUGGCCUGCGCUGCCGCUAUAAUGGAACUGGCGAGCCUCCCGCUUGCGGGUGCAGCCUGAGCAUUCACGCGACCGCAUGCACGCGAUUGCAGCACUGCGCGGACGGGUCGCCGUCGUAUUACACCUUGGUUAUUUGGUUCUGGAGAAUUUGGUUCUUGGUCUGGCUUUUCAGCGGUUUCGGGUACAUGCCGUGAACACGCACCGACCUCGUUCCCCUCGGCCAGCCCUCCGCCCGCCGCCCACUCAGCUGUCAGCAAGUGUCAGCACGGUUCCCCCACCCGGCCGGCCCCGCUGCACCGUGCGUGGGCCGGUCCCUGGACGGGUGUGGGGAACCGCACAGCGGUCCGCGCCCGUCCGUCUCAGCUGUCAGCUGUACGCCACUGCAUCGUCGCCAGCCUCGCCGCGGCACAUGGGGGCGGGAUCCAUGCAGCGGCGCCCAUACUUACCACGCUUGGCCGGCGCCAGUACAUACUACCAGCACAGCUCGCCCGGUGCAGCCGCCGUUCAGCCCUUUAAUC